AGGGGCUUUCUUUUCGGCCAUCCUCACCCCCACAGAGUCUGUUCAUUCUCUGUUUCGCACAACCAAAAACCUCACUCUCUAAAUCCCUAGUGCGAUUAGAGUCGGUGAAACCUCAGGAAGAUCGAUCGAACUCUCUCUAGCAUUCGAGGUUAUAAAUGUCUCGGAGAAGAGAGGAGAAGUAUGACUCUACUGAUACUGAAUUGGAAGAUUACAAAUACAUGUACUACAAGGAAUUGAGAGAUGGAAGGGUAAGGGUCAGAAUUUCACGUAAAAUUUUCCAAUGCCCUUAUUGUCAUGACAGGAGGAGGAAAGAAUAUGAUUAUGAAGAGAUUUUCCGACAUGCUUCUCGGAUUGGGAGUGACUCAAAGGGUGCAAGGUUCAAGGACAGAGCAAGACAUUUGGGUUUGUUGAAGUAUUUGGAGAGGUGUAUAGAUACAAAGGGCUUAUCAUCACGGCCCACCGGAAAAACUACUGGCUCUGGGGAUAAGUACAUUGAUGAGAAGAGGAAAUCAUCGCAAUCUCCCACAAGAACAAGAAGUGAACUGGAGAGGCCUGUAGAUGGGAAGACUACAUCAUCAAAAUAUGCCAGUAGAACCACUGAACUGGUGGAGACCGUUGUAGAACUUUCUGAACCUGGUCAAUCCUCCCGAUACACCACAAAAACUAUUGAGCUUUCCAAACGGAAAGCUGGGGAAGAGCUGAUUGUUUGGCCCUGGAUGGCUGUUGUGGCCAACAUUGUUGUGGAAUAUAAAGAUGGUAGGUAUGUGGGAGACAGUGGUAAAAAGCUAAAAGAGGAGUGGGUUAGCAAGGGUUAUAACCUCGUGAAGGUUCAUCCUUUGUGGAACUACCGGGGUCACUCAGGCUUUGCAAUAGUAGAAUUUAAUAAAGAUUGGGAUGGCUUUGAGAAUGCAAUGACAUUUGAAAAAGCAUUUGAAAUGGAAAAUCAUGGGAAGACAAAUUGGCAUUCAGUCAGGCAUAAAGGGGAUAAACUUUAUGCUUGGAUUGCGCGAGAAGAUGAGUACAACAUGAAUGGUCUUAUUGGUGAAUAUCUUCGUAAGAAUGGUGACUUAAAGACAAUUUCAGAUAUUGAAAUGGAAGAUAAGAGAAAAGGCACAAAACUUGUAUCCAACUUAACUAAUGAGCUUGAGGUUAAGAAUAUGAAAUGCGAAGAGAUAAAGAGUGAAAUAAGCAGGACUGAAAUUUUCAUGGGGAAUGUGAUGAGGCAGAAGGAAGAGAUGAUUCAAACUUAUAAUGAAGAGCUGAAGGAAAUGCAGAAGAAUGCAUCUGAUCAACUAGAAAAGAUUUUCACUGACCAUGAAAGGAGUAAAUCACGUUUGGAAGCUCAAAGGCAACAACUUGAAAUGGUCGAGAAAGAACUGGAAGAACGUGAAGCUCUAAAUGAGAGUGAGAAAAGGAAGCUUGACCAUGAGAAGAAAAUGAAUAAGAGGGCAAUUUUGGAGCAAAAGAAGGCUGAUGAAAGUAUGUUGAAGUUGGCAGAGGAUCAAAAGAGAGAAAAGGAGAAACUUCACAAACGAAUUAUUGAACUGGAAAAGAAACUUGACGCCAAGCAAGCACUGGAGUUGGAGAUUGAGCGUAUGAGGGGAGCUAUACAAGUAAUGAAACAUAUUAGUGAGGAUGGUAAUAACGAAGAUAAGAGGAAGAUGGAAUCAAUUAAGAAAGAUCUUCAAGAGAAGGAAGAAGAACUCGAAGAUAUUGAAGCACUCAAUCAGGCACUCAUAGUCAAGGAGCUUAAAAGCAAUGAUGAGUUGCAGGAAGCUCGCAAAGAGCUAAUUAAUGGUUUGAAGGACAGCCGUGCUUUCAUUAAUGUCAAGAGAAUGGGAGAGCUUGACGAUAAGCCAUUCCACACAGCAGCCAAGAAAAAGUAUAUGCAUGAAGAAGUAGCGGAGAAAGCAAUAGAGUUGUGCUCCUUGUGGGAGGAUUACCUUAGGGAUCCAAGCUGGCAUCCUUUUAAGAUCAUCCCAGUGGGAGGAGAUCAUAAGGAAAUAAUUGAUGAGGAGGAUGAAAAACUGAAAAGUCUGAAGGAUGAGUUUGGUGAUGAAGUCUAUGAGUCUGUGACAACAGCACUGAGCGAGAUGAAUCAGUACAACCCCAGUGGUCGGUACCCCCUGCCAGAGCUAUGGAAUUCCAAGGAGAAAAGGAAGGCAACAUUAAAAGAGGCAGUAUCAUUCCUAUUGAAACAAUGGAAGUUACAUAAACGGAAGAGAAACUAAAAGUUUGUGGGUGGGUUCUGUAAAUUUUGCAUAGGAGAGUUCUGUCAUGAAAUAUUUACAAAUUUGAUUAAAGAGGAGAAGAAUUAGCUGGAAAUGGACAGCACUGAUUUAAAAAAAUAGAAGGAACAAAUUGCUCUAUGUUACUCUGGAUCAUAGUCUUAACAGAAACUUGAUUAAGUAUUGUAUGCUACACCAUUGCAUUUGGAUUGAAUGGUCGUGGAUUUGAAAGGUGUAUGGGAGAUUUUAUUGUA